AUGUUGAGCUUCCUAAGAACAGUGACACCUCGGACUGUUACUGCACACCAAAACCCUGUUUCCUACGAAGAUGGACGAGCUUAUCAACAUUUCCACAGUCCAGCUCAGCAGUACAUGGUGACGGAUCUCAUGCCAGCAACAACCGCGAAACAUGGUCGAUCAUACUUCAACCCACCGCUGCACUUCCACAUGUACCAGACGGAAGACUUCGAGGUGAUAUCCGGGGUCGGGAAAUGGUGGCUCGACGGCGAGACGAUCCUCGCGAGAAAGGGCGACAAGGUUCAUAUUCCCAUGAACGCUUUCCACCGCUUCGAGAACGCCAGUGAAGAUGGAGAGGGGCUGGUGGUUUCUUUCCGCUUGGAUAAGCAGGACUGGGAAAUGGAGGAGCGCUUCUUCCGGAAUUUCUUUGGAUAUCUAGAAGAUGCGAAGAAGGCGGGUCAGGAGCCGAGUAUCUUCCAGAUCAUGUUGUUCUUGUACUCGGUACGCGCACCUCCUGUCUUACCGGGAGUCGGACAGAAGUCUACCUUUUUGGGCAGGCAACUCAGUUGGUUCGUGAUGGCCGCGACGGGAGUUGUCAUCGGGCAGUGGUUGCUUGGAUAUCAGGUUUCGUACCCGGAGUACUACAAUCCAGAAGGACAGAAGAAGACGAUGUGA